AUGUUUAAUUUCUCAAACAUGAGAAUGCUUGAGUUGACUAUGUUUUGGUUAAUAGGUUGUGCCCUAGUGGUCACCCCAGUGUCUUGGGCCGCCAAGGAUAGUUACCAAAAGCAUGUUCAUGAACAAUGUAGCUUUACUAGAUACCCUGGCCUUUGUGUCGAUGCAGUGGCAAGGUUGGGAUCAGGAAACCAACAUGUUGACAUUAUGUCUGCUCUCAUAAACAAAACUAUCUUAGAGACCAAUCUGCCAACUUCUUUUUAUUCCAAAUUCAGCUCCAACCUUGAAAUCGAAGAAGCUCAACACGUCAAUUCCAUCACAGGAUAUUGUCAAGAGCUUUUGAGCAUGUCUCUCAAGCGGCUAGACCAGUCGCUAUUAGCUCUCCAGAAUUCUCAAAACACAAACAAGCAGGACGUCCAGACAUGGAUCAGUGCCGCCUUGACCUACCAACAAGCUUGUAAAGACUCUGCCGACGGUCACAGUUUCUCCAAUAGUGACCUCAUGGGCCAGAUAUCCAGAAAAAUGGAUUAUCUGUCUCAAUUGGUCAGUAACUCUUUAGCCCUUGUCAACAGGAUGACUGGAAAGUUAACGGACAGCACAACUCGCCAGCUCUCUGAGGACCAUGUUUUCCCCAGCUGGGUAUCGGCAAAAGAUCGGAAACUACUUCAGGCCGCAACGAUAAAAGCCAACGCUGUCGUGGCCAAAGAUGGAUCAGGGAACUAUAAAACAAUUUCCGAAGCUAUCAAUGCAGCUUCCGGUGGUCGGUUUGUGAUCCAUGUGAAGGCAGGAGUUUAUAACGAAAAAAUUCGAACUAACAAAGAUGGUAUUACAUUGAUAGGUGAUGGAAAAUACAGCACUAUCAUCGUCGGCGACGAUAGUGUAAAUGGGGGCUCUUCCAUGCCCGGCUCUGCAACAUUCACUGUCACUGGCGAUGGAUUUAUUGCUCGGGAUAUCGGGUUUCAAAAUACAGCAGGUCCUCAAGGAGAACAGGCCUUGGCUCUUUACGUUGCCUCUGAUCAUUCAGUUUUCUAUAGGUGCAGCAUGGCAGGCUACCAGGACACUUUAUACGCACUUGCCCUGCGUCAAUUCUAUAGGGAAUGUGACAUUUAUGGCACAAUUGACUUCAUAUUUGGAAAUGCUGCUGCAGUUUUUCAAAGCUGCUCAUUAACACUUCGCCGUCCUCAUGGAGCCUACAAUGUGAUCCUGGCAAACGGGAGGUCUGAUCCAGGACAAAACACUGGCUUCUCUAUUCAAAAUUGUAGGAUUGAACCAAGCUCGGAUUUUUCUCCUGUCAAGCACAGCUUUAACUCAUACCUAGGGAGGCCCUGGAAACGGUAUUCAAGAGCAGUUGUGAUGGAAUCAACAAUAGAUGAUGCCGUAGCUUCAAGAGGUUGGAUUGAGUGGCCUGGAGCUGGGGCUUACUCGAAAUCACUAUAUUUUGCAGAGUAUGCAAAUGCGGGACCUGGAGCUGGAACUUCCCGGAGGGUAACCUGGCCUGGGUUCCAUGUUAUUGGACGAGAUGAGGCUGUCAAAUUCACAGUUGAUAAGUUCAUUGCUGGAACGUCAUGGCUGCCUUCAACAGGAGUAACUUUCGUCUCUGGCCUUCAGUGA